GCGCUAAUCUGGACCGUUAACUGUCAGUAUUUUCCAGCUGGGAAAGAGAGAAAGAGAACAGAGCCGAACCGAACCGAGUUCAGCUGAACUGGACACUUUUACCGGUGGCAAGACUUGUUUGGACAACUUCGUGUCAGUUCUGUAGUGUGGAAAAUAUAGAUAAACAGUUGGACAGCUAACUUUCUCCGUGUAUGCGCCCAGAACUGGAUCCGAAGUGACAGCCGAGUCGAGGACGUGACAUCAUCAUCUCUGGAUCACAGUACAGAUCUGGUCAGGGGGUAAUCAUGGGGAACCAGGGUAUGCAGGAGCUCAUCCCGCUGGUGAACAGACUCCAUGAGGCGUUCAGUGUCCUCGGCAGGAGCUGCAAUCUGGAUCUGCCGCAGAUCGCCGUGGUUGGAGGACAGAGUGCGGGCAAGUCGUCCGUCCUCGAGAACUUCGUGGGCAGGGAUUUCUUACCGAGAGGCUCAGGGAUUGUCACUCGAAGACCACUUGUGUUACAGCUAAUCAGCUCCAGCACAGAGUAUGCUGAGUUCCUGCACUGUAAAGGGAAGAAGUUUACGAACUUUGAUGAGGUUCGACAAGAGAUUGAAGCAGAGACUGACAGAGUUACAGGAGCCAAUAAGGGCAUUUCCUCCAUUCCCAUUAACCUACGUGUUUACUCACCCAACGUGCUCAACUUGACUCUCAUUGAUUUGCCGGGUAUCACUAAGGUCCCAGUAGGGGAUCAGCCUCCAGACAUCGAAUACCAGAUCAGAGACAUGAUCAUGCAGUACAUUUGCCAGGAAAACUGCCUCGUCCUGGCCGUCACACCUGCAAACAUGGACCUGGCCAACUCAGAUGCCCUCAAACUGGCCAAAGAUGUUGACCCAAAGGGUGAGAGGACCAUUGGCGUCAUCACCAAACUAGAUUUGAUGGACAAGGGGACCGAUGCCCGAGACGUGCUCGAGAACAGGGUACUGCCCUUACGCAGAGGCUACAUUGGAGUGGUGAACCGCAGUCAGAAGGACAUUGAGGGGAAGAAGGACAUCAGUGCGGCAAUCGCUGCAGAGCGGGUGUUUUUCCUGUCUCAUCCAGCUUACAAGCACAUGGCCGACCACAUGGGCACACCUUACCUGCAGAGGGCCCUCAACCAACAACUGACCAAUCACAUCCGGGACACGCUACCAGCGUUCCGUAACCGGCUGCAGUCUCAGCUGUUCUCUCUGGAUAAAGAGGCUGAGGAAUACAGACACAUGAACCCUGAUGACCACUCACGCAAGACCAAAGCACUGGUGCAGCUAAUCCAGCACUUUGGGCUGGACUUUGAGAAGAUGAUUGAAGGCUCUGGAAACCAAGUGGACACUGUUCAGCUGUCAGGGGGAGCCAAAAUCAAUCGCAUCUUUCAUGAGCGCUUUCCCUUCGAGCUCAUCAAGAUGGAGUUUAAUGAGAAAGAGUUGCGCCGAGAGAUAAGCUAUGCCAUCAAGAAUAUACAUGGGAUCAGGACAGGCUUGUUCACUCCUGAUCUGGCGUUUGAGGCCAUUGUGAAGAAAGAGAUAGUAAAGCUCAAAGGACCGUGUGUUAAAUGUGUUGAUCUGGUCAUUCAGGAGCUCAUAGCCACAGUGAGGCAGUGCAUCAGCAAGUUAGGGAUCUUUCCAAAGCUACAGGACGAGACGGAGAGAAUAGUGACCACACACAUUCGGGAGCAAGAGAGACGAACCAAAGACCAGAUUUUCCUUUCAAUAGAGAUUCAGCUGUCCUACAUUAACACCAAUCAUGAAGACUUUAUCGGAUUCGCCAAUGCACAACAGAGAAAUAGUCAGAUUCCUCGAAAGCCUUCCACGUGGAACCAGGGUGCUGCACCUCCACCGUCCAGUCAAAUUGUGAUCCAAAAAGGCUGGCUGACCAUCAACAACCUUAGUCUGAUGAAGGGAGGAGCCAGAGAGUACUGGUUCAUGCUGACUGCAGAGAGCCUCUCCUGGUUCAAAGAUGACGAGGAGAAGGAGAAGAAGUACAUGCUGCCUCUGGACAACCUGAGAGUGCGCUAUGUGGAGAAGACCUUCAUGUCCAGCAAACAUGUCUUUUCCAUUUUUAACACAGAGCAGAGGAAUGUAUAUAAGGACUACAGGCAUCUGGAGCUGGCCUGUGACACGCAGGAGGAGGCGGACAGCUGGAAGGCCUCACUGCUGCGCGCUGGAGUCUAUCCCGAGAAAACAACAGCGGAUGGUGACAGCUCAGAGGUGGAUGAGAACUUAUCCAUGGACCCCCAGUUAGAGAGGCAGGUGGAGACCAUCCGCAACCUGGUGGACUCUUACAUGGGCAUCGUCUACAAGUGUAUCCGGGACCUGAUUCCCAAAACCAUCAUGCACCUGAUGAUCAACAACGUGAAAGAGUUUAUCCACUCGGAGCUGCUGGCUCAGCUCUACUCUAAAGGAGACCAUUCGGCUCUGAUGGACGAGUCUCCGGAGCAGGCUGUACACAGAGAGCACGUUUUGCGCACUCACUCGGCCCUGAAGGAGGCGUUGUCCAUCCUCAGCGAGAUCUCCACCUCUACCCUGUCCACCUUGCUCCCAGCCCCUGUAGAAGGUCCCAGGCUACAGACCAGCAUCGUUAACCGCAAAUCUCCAUCACUCCACUGUGCUCCUAAGAAGACUUCAUCUUGCCCUGGUCCUUCGACUCGUGGUCCUGCUCCUCCUGCCCCUUCAACUACUCCUGUUCUUUUCCCGUCUCGUUCUGCUCCAUCUGUCCCCAAAGGCCUGAAGAACAAAGACUCCCCACAGUCACUGACUCGCCCCAACCGAAUGGCUCCCAGCAUUCCCAGGAGACAGCCACCAGCAGUGCCUUCGCAAAAGCCUCAUGAACAUGAGAGAAUCCCAAAUACAAAAGGAACAAGGACUGAGUGAGAGCUUCAGCCAAAAAUAUAGCGAGCGUUCGGUCCAGAUCCUUCUCAGCGUGCCGUUAAUGAGGGUUUACAGGUGGUAGACUUGGGCUGCAUCCAAACCUUAAAAUUUUUUAAAGCACUUAAUAUUCCAAGGGGGAAAAAAGUAGUAGUAGAUCAGAGCUGCUUUUCACAACACUGGUUAGUAUAUACCUUUUUCCACUCUAGCCUGAAGUCUAACCUCUAAUCCCACACCCUUACUCUUUAAAACGGUUCUAGACGAACGGGGAUGAACUAUAAACGAACUCUAGACAGACCAGUGAGUCUGAUGCCUCACUGGUAUGUUGUCACUGCUGAGCAAUAUUCUGCAGUAUUUUAUUCAUUUUAUAUGUUGUUUAUUCUACACUUGCAGUCAGAGUUCUUAAAGCCUGUGCUGUUCUACAUAAAA